CACACUUCUUCCCUAAUUAUUGUCCUGCAGGACAGCUGAUCUAUUUCAAACAGGAAGCUGUUUACAGAUAACACUUGCAACUGUUUUGUCUGAUUUGUUGAACUGUCGAAAAGCAAAAGACAACCUCUUUUCAAAUUAAAAACUGUCAGACUUCUGUAAACAGCAGCAAUGAGGUUCAUCUGUGCAGUGUCCCUGCAGGCACAGAGCUUUGUGCAGCUCCCAUUCUCUAAGCAGCCAUAAGGAGUCAGUGACCUGUAAGUGCUCAUUAUGAAGAGAGAUCUGGUUUUCUUGGUGACUCUAAUUAGCCUUGCCUUCCUGUCACUGCUAAGAUCUGGAUAUCCUCAACACAUUGCAGAGGAGUCCUGCUCUGUUCAGAUCCUUGUUCCAGGCCUCAAAGGGGAGGCUGGAGAAAAGGGGGAGAAAGGUGCUCCAGGUCGCCCGGGCAGAGUUGGACCUCCAGGAGAAAAAGGAGAAAUGGGUGACAAAGGACAGAAAGGCAGCAUAGGACGGCAUGGAAAAAUUGGUCCUAUUGGUUCCAAAGGUGAAAAAGGAGAUAAUGGUGACAUAGGACCACCAGGUCCUAAUGGUGACCCAGGCAUCCCUUGUGAGUGCAGUCAGCUGAGGAAGGCUAUUGGUGAAAUGGAUAUUCAAGUAGCCCAGCUGACGACAGAACUGAAAUUCAUAAAAAAUGCACUGCCCUCCCCCGCAGCUGUCGCCGGCGUGCGGGAGACCGACCACAAGAUCUACCUGCUGGUCAAGGAGGAGAAGCGCUACAAGGAAGCGCAACUCUACUGCCACGGACGGGGAGGGACGCUGGGCAUGCCCAAGGACGAGACUGCCAACAGCCUGAUCGCCUCCUACAUCAACCAAGCCGGGCUCACGCGGGUCUUCAUCGGCAUUAACGACCUGGAGAAGGAGGGGAACUUCGUCUACUCGGACCGGUCGCCCAUGCAGACCUUCAACAAGUGGCGCAGCGGGGAGCCCAACAACGCCUACGACGAGGAGGACUGCGUGGAGAUGGUGGCGUCGGGCGGCUGGAACGACGUGGCCUGCCACAUCACCAUGUACUUCGUGUGCGAGUUUGACAAGGAAAAUGUCUGAGCUGCUCUGCUCUUUCUUCAUUCUAGGAGUUUAAGUUGAUUCUAAGUUGAUUGAGCGACAUACUCCGCGUUUACAGAGUACAAGUGAAGUUUUGCAAGAGUUGUACAGCUGUAAAUACAGUUUAGGUAUUCAAAUAUCAGAAUUUACCCUUCAGAAGGGAGGAGCAGUAAUAAGGCAUAGUUUGGUUGGCUUUUUUUUUAAUGUAGGAAAAUAUAUCUAUUUAGAUAAAAAUGUGCUUUUGGGCUAAAUUUUGCCCUUACAACAGUUAACAAAUGUGAUUACAUGACUGUAAGGGAAGGCAAAAUUUGACCUCUGCUUGUUAGAAUCAUUAGAAUUAGAUUCCUGAUAUUCUUUUAUCUUAGUAAAAUUUUUAGUUAUAAGUGCUAAUUACUGGUAGUGCUACAGGGAUAUUUUGGCAACAAGACAAAUAUUUUCUAUACUCAAUUUAAUAAGUGCAAAUAUUGCUGUAGGUUUUUUGAAUGUUACAACUCUUUUUUUUUUUUUUUUUAAAUAGCCAAAGCAAACCAAAAAGUCAUGAUUCCUACCAAUUUUGUAAUACUUCUUUAUUAAGCUGUUCACAGAUUUAUGGCCAGGAAGCAUUUAAGUAAACUGAAUUUUAGUGCUGAGGGAGGACAAAGUCUAGUGAAAGGUGUCCCUGCCCAUGGCAGGAGGGUGGAACUAAGUAAUCUUUAAGGUCUCUCCCAACCCAAAAUAUUCUAUGAUUCCAUGAUUCUAUGCUAUGACAACUCUUAUAAUUUAGCACUUAAAGAGGGUUUCCAUCCAGAUGGUGCUUUGGGGUUGGCUAAACGUAAAAGUAGCAAUUCGAUUUUCUGCAUUCCUUUGUUGAAAAGGAUUCAGUGCAUGGAGAAUUUCAGACCCCAAAUAAUUCCCUAAAGUAAACCUUUCACAUUUUUUAAAGAUAAUCUGUGUUCAUCUUGUUACAUAACAAGCAAAAUACCACCCCUCCACAAUUUAAGGCAGACUUCAUAUAUAUGCAAUUAAGCUCAUGAAAACACAUUAGCUAUCAGUUCCUUUUAGUAAGAAAACAGCUUACAUGUUUACACAGAUUGUUAAAAUAAUGCCCUGAAAAGCAGAAAAGUUUCUGCAAUUUUCCUGAUUAUGUAUAUAGCAGUAAUAAAUGACUUUGCACAAAUAAUUUAUGUACCAAAUUUACAAUUGCAUGUGAUGGAAAAAUGUGUUGUAUAUUUAAAAAACCCCAACAAAACAAAACCAGCAUAAUUUCACACAAGAAAUGAUAAAUUACUUUAAAUCUUCCCAGGAUCCAGUUGGAUGCAUCUCACUGUUGGGCAUAGAAAAAUCUACAAAAUCUCUGGCUGUGUUUCUUUAGGAGUACCUUGCACAGUGUUUUAAGAUGAUUUUUAAGGAUAAAUGAUCCCUGCAUAAUAUUCUGAUCAAAAUGCAUAUCUGAUCAUUAUGGCAGAUUGGCAUAUAGGAUAUCCACAGUGGAUAUGGUAUGUGGUCCCAGACAUUUCCCUACAACAUGGAAACCAACUCCUAUCAACUCUGCUCUGGCAUGUAAACCAUCAAUGACCAUACAAUGCUGUUCAUAUCCACAGACACUGACAUUAUUUGAUUUGUAUAAUCAAGAGAACAAACUCUUUUGCUUGCUGUAUUUACUCUGUAAAUCUCAAUCCUUUAUAUAUAUAUAUAUGUUUGCUAUUAAUUUUGAAGAUCACUAGCAGUAUUAUAGUAUCUUAUAGUAUUUCAUUAUCAGCCCAGCUCCAGAGCACUCACUCAAAAUGAAUGGGUCCUUUGAUUGCUUUAUUUUCUUUUAAUAAAGAUAAGUAUAACA